AAUGUAAGUGUUACAUAAACCAAUGGAGUUAAUGCCAUACGCGUGAAAUGCAAUAAAUUCUAUAAAAUUGAAAUACAUACUGUAGGUCAAAAGAAAUAUCUUGCUUUUGGAGUUAUAAAAUGGUUUCGAGUGCAAAGGCUUAACAUAAACAGGCGAUCAAAAAUAACAGAACUACGUCGUCUUAAUCAUUAUAUGAAUAUUUGUUAGGUAAAACCAACAUCCAAUUAUUUUCUAAUAUUCUUCAUUUUUUCACAUUACAUUCAGGGCGAUAUAAUAAUUAGCUAGGCCUAAUCGUGCUCAACUUGUCAAAACAUUUCCUACAAACACAUACGUUCGAAACAUAUCUCAAUGUGUAUUGAACAUCAUUCGCAAAUAUGCCGCGUGUUUCAAAUGCUGCGCCAGGUGAACGGAUACACGACAAGAGUAAGACCGCAAACUCGAUAAAUUACUAUAUCCAAAAGGUGUAUCAGUAAACCGAUUAUAAUUAAGGUUACUUAGAAGGGAAUUUUUCAAGUAUAUUUUUCAAAGAGAAAAUAUACUAAUAAAAUGAUGUCGAUGGAGGUCGUAAAACGCUCGAAAAUGGUGAUCGCAGGAGGUAAUGUUAUCCCAAUGUUUCGAGAUAGUUUUCGGAUAGUAGAUAAAGAUGUAUUAAAAUGGUUUCCUGGUCAUAUGGGCAAAGGAAUAAAACAAAUGCAGAAGCAAUUAAAAAAUGUAGAUUGUAUAAUUGAAAUUCAUGAUGCUAGAAUUCCACUUUCCGGACAUUAUGCAGACUUUACUAAUACUUUAACUGGAAUAAAACCUCAUAUUUUUGUAUUAAACAAAGUGGAUUUAGCUGAUAUGAGGUAUAAGGAAUCCUUAAUAGCUGAAUUAAAAAAUAAAGGAUUAGUUAAUGUAUUAUUUACUAAUAUUAAAUAUGAACAUUGUGAAGGAGUUAAGCAAUUGCUACCAUUGGCACAAAGAUUAAUUAAAGAGUCAGAUCGUUAUAAUAGAGCAGAAGAAAAGUCUUAUGCAAUGAUGAUUAUCGGAGUUCCAAAUGUAGGAAAAUCUUCACUAAUUAAUCGUUUAAGAAGUAAUAAUCUCUUUAAAAGUAAAGCGGUAAAAGUAGGUGGAGUGGCUGGUGUCACAAGAUCUGUAUCGACUCGUGUAAAAAUAUUAACAAAUCCAGACAUAUACAUCUUAGAUACACCAGGAAUUUUAACUCCUAAAAUAAACGAUAUUCAUUGUGGUCUAAAGUUAGCAUUAGUUGGUUGCAUGCAGGAUCAUUUAGUAGGCCCUGACAUACUUGCAGAUUAUUUAUUAUUUUGGAUCAAUAAAAAUAAACGAUUUGAAUACAUAAAUAAAUUAGGUUUACGAAAUCCUUGUGAUGAUAUAAUGUAUGUUCUUACAUUUAUCGCAGCAAAACAAAGAAAAACUAUAAAAAUGAAAAAUUAUGAUGGAAGUAGUAUUGUAAAACCAGAUUUAAGAUAUGCGGCAGAGUAUUUUCUUAGUUUAUUUAGAAAAGGUGACUUAGGUAAAUACUGCUUAGAUGAGGAUUUAUUAACAGAAUCAAAAUUUCUGUAGAAAUAUAGGCAUACUUUAAUACUAUAUUAGAAGGAUAAUGUGAUAUUGUGUAAUUAUUUUUGUAUAACAUACUUAGAUAUACCUUUUUAAUAUACAUAUACGAAUUAUUUGUGAAAAAAUUUAUAUAAAUAUUGCACUGUUAAAAUAUAAAAUAUAGUACAGAAUAUUCUUGAUUAAUCUUUCAUUAUUAUGUGAGUUUAUAUGUAUAUAUACAUAUAAUUUUCAGUUUAAGAAUA